AUGAGACAAAAGGAGCAUACAUCAGACAAAAAGCAGUAUCAAACAGAAAAAAGGAGUAUAGAACAGACAAAAAGGGGUAUAUUACAGAGAAAAAGGAACAUAGACCAGACAAAAAGGAAUAAAGAUGAGACAAAAGGAGCAUACAUCAGACAAAAAGCAGUAUCAAACAGAAACAAGGAGUAUAGAACAGACAAAAUGGGGUAUAUACCAGACAAAAAGGAGUAUAGAAAAGACAAAAAGGGGCAUAAACCAGACAAAACGGGGUAUAGACAAGACGAAAAGGAGUAUAGACCAGACAAAAAGGAGCAUAGAACAGACAAAAAGGAGUAUAGACCAGACAAAAAGGAGUAUAUACCAAACAAAAAGGAGUACAUAACAGACAAAAAGGAAUAUAUCACAGACAAAAAGGAGUAUGGACCAGACAAAAAGCAGAAUAGACAAGACGAAAAGGAGUUUAGACCAGACAAAAAGGAGUAUGGACCAGAUAAAAAGGGGUAUAGAACAGACAAAACAGGAUCGUAG